UUGAGUCAACCAAAAUUAUUUAGGUAAACUAAUAUAUUAAAUAUUGGCAUGUACCAGUAACUCAAUGUGAAUUCACCCAAAAAAAAAAUCCAAGAUGCACAAGUUUCACUCAUUAAAAUACACGCGCGUAAUUUAUUAACAACAAGAGUUAGUUAGUUAGUUUAAGUAUUAGUCAUAUAAUCUUCAUGAAGAUAAGAAGGGCAAAUCUGACAAUUCACUUUGAAUAGUUUGUUUAUUUCCCGCCAAAUUCGUAACGGUUUCAUUCUGCGUGCGGCAUGGAAAACUUCUUCUUCUUCUUCCUCAUCAUGCUGAGCCUGAGCGUCUUUGAAGUUGCAGAAGCGGCGCCGCCUCCGCCGUCGUCAAGGGGAGGGUGCACCGACCAGCUAAUGCUAUUCUCUCCGUGUCUUCCUUAUGUAUCGUCUUCCCCAAACAACCUAACGGAAAAUGCUUCGACCAAAUGCUGCGAAGCUUUCUCAUCGUCGUUUGCACCAAAUUCUCUCUGUUUCUGUUAUCUCCUCCGCGAUCCUAACAUCCUUGGAUUCCCUCUCAACUCCACAAGGCUCAUCUCACUCUCCUCCCUCUGUCUCUCCCCUCCACCAACAAACUCAUCUCUCAAUUUUCUUUGCGCAGAAUCACCGGCUCUUCCUCCUCUCGGCAGCGCAGAUUUUCUAAGGACUCCCGCCGGCACUACUUCCGGAAAUGGGUCAGGGUCCAGUGGUGGAGGAGGGGAAAUGGUACCCCACAAUGGCAGGGGAGCAGGGAGGACAUUUUACUUUCCAUUGUUGAAUGGUUCAAAUUCAACACUCAUUGGUGGUCGAUGCUACAAGUCUUUGCUACUCUCUCAAUUACUUACCAUCUUUUUUGUCACGCUUCCACUCUUCAACCUCAACAAUCACUACUUUUAAUGCUCAAGAUCAAGUCUCUACUACUUCAACUCACUCAUUGCUAAAAUGUGUGUUACUAAUUUUUCAUAUCCGUCAUCUUGUAUAUUUGUGGAAUAUAUAGUUGAAGAGUGAAUUUUUGCUUCA